GUUAGUAAGGACUAUUCAGAUGCUGUAAUACAGAACACAUUUCAAAUACAUCAUAUUGCGAGCUUUGUUGAAGGGGAACAAACCCUUAAGCCUGAAGAUGUCGUGCGACAUUCUACGGCACUUCAGGAAUCCAAAAAGAUCGAGGAAGUCUCAUGUGCGGUUAAAAUGGAUGCACGAGGAAUGAGAGUGAAGCUUGAAAAAACAAAAGAAACCGUUGAGUCAUUUGAAUGGAGCGGAGUGAAGAAUCAAGCCGCCAUUCUGAAUCCACUGGACAACUUCGACUUCAAAUAUCUGGUCUUUUUCCGUUUGGUUCAACUGAAAGACAGAAUCAACGAGCUACAUGUUUUCAGCUGUGACACACCGAGCUCAGCCAAGUCGUUUGUUGAUUCUAUCAGUUAUUAUAAGAAAAACGCUAGAAGGCGUUCAUUGAGCGAAAGUCGUAUAUCAUUUGAUGGCUCAACGUUGCGGAAGGACAAUUCGGGGAGACCCGACGAGGUAGGUAAUCCGAUUUCAGUUUGGCUC